AUGGCUGGAGACGGCUGGGAUCGAAUGCUUGUCCGCGCGCUUCACGGCGUGCUGAUACGAGAGGCCGGCCUUGGGCCAGCCCGGGGGAAUGCGACGGGCGGUUGGGAGUUUAGCGGCAACACGACAUCGUCGGUCAUCAACGAGCUCCGAUUUGCCGCGUCCAAGUCGGUUCGGACGUCCUUUAUCAUUCUCGCGAGCUUCAACGCCCUCGUCGGCGCGGCCCUGGCGUUUGGGAUAUUUUGGGACUGCUACAGCGCAGCGAAGAGGGCCGACCCGCGGUUCAAGCUGAGGCCAUCGCUUCUCGGCAUCAUAGGUCCGGCCGAGACGUUUCCAUUUGUGCUGGCAUGCGGCAUCGUCGUGCAGGGCAUCAUCUUCGCCGUUUCCCAGUCCAACGGACUUCAGGGGCUUUUGAUCCUUGGCUGCCGGCCAAUUUCUCAAACGCUGCUCCCAGCGAUAUUCAUCGUUCCCUACAUACAGCUCGUAUUUGGAGUCGAGACCAUCCAGCGGGCUUUCCGGCGCUACCCAUUUCCCCAAAGAUUGAAGUACACCGUCCCGGCGUGUCUGGCAAUCGUUGUUGUUGGGCUCAUUGGAACCUACGUUCUUACGCGAUUCGUAUUGCCGCCCGACUUUUGCUUCGCGAGCCUUUUUUGGUUUGUCAGACGAUGGGCGUUGGGCUGCUUCGUUCUGACGACGACAAUCGCGUCGAUACUGCUCAUAGGCAGCGUGAUAACGCUUGUCAGAUUGUAUCGGACCGCGGGCAUCAACGAGACCCAGCGGAUAGCGGCAUCGUGGAUGGCCUGCUACAUGCUGUUGGCUACGGCCACCUUGGCCAUAAUGGCGCCUUUCUUCUGGAGCCUUCACGUUGACACCUCGAGCAACGUCCAGAGGUAUCGAGCGCAGCUGGGGAUGGCGGCCACUGUCGCCGCCAAUCUUUCUGGCUUGACGUCGGGCGGGCUUUACAUUGCCCUCCGAUCGACGAGGCUGGGUAGAUUUGGCCCCAAGGGCUACUUCGAAUUCGAUCGACAAAGGCCGCUGACAGGAGCCAAACGACCCUCAACCCCUGGCGGCGCCACGUACACCAAGCAAAUAGAGCUUCCAGUAUCGCCAGUCCGGCUGGGCAAGGUCGGCAAGCCGCUGAUGGGAGACCGCGUGGACGAGGCGAAUGUGGAAGAAAAGAGGACCGAGAGCCGCCCUUCGACGCCGACGCGGCCGACGGCUGCCAAUACUGAGGGGGUGGGCAGCGGCCCCGACACAGCGGCCCCUGCAUCCUUUUCCGUGAAAGAACCAGAACCGGCAGUUGCUCGACCGCGGCGGCCGAGUGCGGCCAGAGACACAUACACCUUAUUCCCUUCCAGCAGACAAGAUGGCCCCGACCUAAAGUCUACAUAUAUCCUCCCGGCCGCGGCGUACGAUCCGGCUACGCCGCCCGCUGCCCCCGCGAGCCCGGUAACUACGGCUCCUGUGGCCAUGACCGGCCUGGGAGGCCCCUCCACCGACGACGUGCUGCUGCCGCCUCCCGGUGUUCGUACCUCACGCCACUUGCGAGACCUUUCGGCCGGCUCCUCGGCAAUGGUGCAGAUCGGUCUGCGCGUAUCAAACAUCAACGACAUUCCCCCCGUCACAUCCUACUACCAUUCGCCGUACCGAGGAGACUCGGCAUACAAUGGCAACUUCGGGCUCGCCAUCUCCACAGACGUUGGCGCGGAUCCUGCACCGGUGCCAGCCCUGCCUCGGCUUCAGACAGACAUGAGCACACUUGCCGGCCCCGUAGACGGGGCUGAGUCGACGCGUGAGGAGGGACCGGAGAAGUUAUUACCUCCCGUGCCUCUGAGCAUCGCAAAGAAGGACGCGAAGAGUAGCGCAACAAGGGCCGCAAUAAAUGACGCACCGACGAAGGAAGAGGCUGAGAUUACACUAAGCCCGUCUGUUUACACUCCCGGCGAGUCUUCACCAAGAAGCUCGCCCAACAGCUCGCCCAAAAGCUCACCAAGGGGAUCGCCAAGAGGUGUGGCCAAGGGCAAGGGGAAGGCAAUUGCCCGGGGUGCGCCCGCUCGUCCGCCGCCCGCGCCGCCCGUCCCGGAAUGGAGCCCGGUGGACGGCACGAGAGUCAAGUCGGUGGAAUGGAUUUGA